AUCUACAAAUCCAAACGAGACUGAUACUAUAUAACGAAUCGAAUGUCAUAUUCUGUAUCAUUCAAAGUUUGCACAACGAAACAAAAACAUGUUCUCCAAAGUGGUAUCUCUGUGCGCGUUUGUGGCAGUAGCCCGCGCUGGCCUGCUGGCCGCCCCCGCCCACUACUCGCCCGCUGAGGCCGUCUCCUCACAGAGCAUCGUGCGCCACGACCAGCCCAAGGCUGUGGCUGCCAAGCUGGUAGCUGCCGCCCCCGUCUACCACGCCGCGCCCGCUGCCGUCGCCUACCACGCUGCCCCCGCCGCCGUCACCUACCACGCUGCCCCCGCUCCCGUCGCCUACCACGCUGCCCCCGCCCCCGUCGCCUAUCAUGCUGCUCCCGUCGCCAAGAUCUUGGCUCACCAAGAAGAAAUCGCGUAUCCCAAAUAUGAGUACACAUACUCUGUGGCUGACGGGCACACCGGUGACAACAAGUCACAGCAGGAGUCCCGCGACGGCGAUGUGGUGAAGGGCUCGUACUCGUUCCACGAGGCUGACGGCUCCGUGCGCACCGUGGAGUACACCGCUGACGACCACAGCGGGUUUAACGCCGUCGUACACAAUACCGCCCCCACCGCAGCACCCGCCCUCAUCAAGGCCGCCCCCCUGCUGCUCAAAGCCCCCGCCCUACAGUACUACCACCACUAGACUGAAUCCCUCCUCCAAACAAUAUGUUGAUAAAAAAUUGUUAAUUUAUUUAUUGCAAUAUACAUACGAUUAAGAUCGAUUUGUUAAUAUUUUUAUCUAUCUCUACUACCAUUAUCAAUGAACCAAAUAUACUUAUUGUGUCUAAAACCACAAAAUGAGUUCCGAAAAUUCCCUUCCAAAUCCUUGCAUUUUUGUUUAAUAUGCCUAUGACAAUAAUUAAAAGAUAUUUUGGAGAGGUCAAAAAUGUUUAGAGGAAUAGUUAAAUAAAAGAUGUAAUAUAGAUAUGAUAUAUAGAUACAACAAUACGAACAAAAUCGUGGUCGAAACGUGUCCAAAUGGUAUAUUGGACGAUCUACGGAACUCCAUAAGAUUAUAGCGUGAUCAAAAACAAUAUAAGGCAUUAUUUAAACAUUGAAAGUCAUCUUUAAUGCACACUAUAUUAGGUCUUAAUUUAAACACUUGCGUCAAAGACUAAUAAUAGUGCAAAAUGAAAGCUCGUAAAAUUCUACAACUUAUUGCUAUACGCGGAAGAAUAAAGAUCUGUUGACGUUUUAGAUGUUUUUGACUUAACGCGCAAUUCUUAAUGCACUGUUAGCAAUAUAGCAGGUACAGACCGCGAGGAA